AUGACGACGAAGAAAAUUGCGACUGAAACAGAGAAGGCUAGGGCUGGUGAUGGCGGUUGCAAAUCUUUCGCAGCGAGGCCUGUCCAGGCGAAGAAGCAAUCGGUGAAACUUUCUCAAAACCCUAAAUCUGUGAUUAGGAUAAAACUGAAGAAGCCUUGCAACUCUGUUUCAACAAGGCCUCUAGAGGUGACGAAGAAGAUGAAGCGGUCUAUUCCGCAAGUUUCUGGAACAAACCCUAAAGCUGUUGCAGCCGUGAAGAAGAACGACAAGGAGACGUUGGAGCUGUUCGACAUAGCCAAGAAAUCAGCGGAUGUGGCCAACGCCAAGGGACUUCUGGCGGCUAAAGCAGAGACGUCAAUCUGUGUGGAUACUCUCUCUUUGCUCAUCAGUUUGCCAAUCAGCGCAACAGCUCCUGAAACGAGGAGGAUCAUGGAGAGGCUUGGGCACCUCACAAGGCACAAAGAUCGUAAAAUCUGCAAUUCCGCAUCGACUCUUUUUCAACAUUGGAGUCAGAGCAUCAGAGAUCAACAACACUAAGAUGCCCCUCUAAGACUCUCAAGGACAACAACA